AUGUCUGCUCUGACGCCUCAAAGCGACAUGCCAACCCCCACCACAGACAAGAUCACUCAGGCUGCCAUGGAGACCAUCUAUCUUUGCAAAUUCCGAGUGUCCAUGGAUGGAGAGUGGCUCUGCUUGCGCGAGCUGGAUGACAUCUCGCUGACACCCGACCCAGAGCCAACCCACGAAGACUCUUGGGAGGAUUUGACAGCUGUGGUGGAGCAGUUGCGCGAUGAUACUGAAGACCCCAAUUAUCUCAUGGCUAACGAGCGCAUGAACCUCAUGAACAUGGCCAAACUGAGCAUCAAGGGCUUGAUUGAGUCAGCACUGAACCUGGGCAGGACACUGGACUCAGACUAUGCACCUCUGCAGCAGUUCUUCGUGGUGAUGGAGCACUGCCUUAAGCAUGGCCUCAAAGCCAAAAAGACUUUUCUUGGGCAAAACAAGUCAUUUUGGGGACCUCUAGAACUAGUAGAAAAACUCGUUCCUGAGGCUGGAGAGAUUACAGCAAGUGUUAAGGACCUCCCAGGGCUGAAGACACCUGUGGGCAGAGGAAGAGCUUGGCUUCGCCUGGCUCUGAUGCAGAAGAAACUUUCAGAGUACAUGAAGGCCUUGAUUAACAGAAAGGAUCUCCUCAGUGAAUUUUACGAGCCCAACGCCCUGAUGAUGGAGGAGGAAGGUGCCAUCAUUGCUGGCCUCCUUGUGGGUUUGAAUGUCAUCGAUGCCAACUUCUGCAUGAAGGGAGAAGACCUGGACUCCCAGGUUGGAGUCAUUGACUUCUCAAUGUACCUGAAAGAUGGGAACAGUACAAAAGGCACUGAAGGAGAUGGCCAGAUAACUGCUAUCCUGGACCAGAAGAACUACGUAGAAGAGCUCAAUAGGCAUUUAAGUGCUACAGUGAACAACCUACAGGCCAAGGUGGAUGCCUUGGAAAAAUCCAACACAAAGCUGACUGAGGAGCUUGCAGUUGCCAACAACAGGAUCAUUACACUGCAGGAAGAGAUGGAAAGGGUUAAGGAGGAGAGUUCCUACAUCCUGGAGUCCAGUCGUAAGGUUGGUGUCACCAAGGACAGAAGUGCUGAGGGCCAGGCACUGACUGAGGCUCGGAAACAGCUGAAGGAGGAGACUCAGCUGCGGCUGGAUGUGGAGAAGGAGCUGGAGGCACAGAUUGGGAUGCGGCAGGAGAUGGAGCUGGCCAUGAAGAUGCUGGAGAAGGAUGUGUGUGAGAAACAGGACGCGCUGGUGGCACUCAGACAGCAGCUGGACGACCUCAGGGCCCUAAAGCAUGAACUGUCCUUCAAGCUGCAGAGUUCAGACAUGGGAGCGAAACAGAAGAGUGAAUUAAACAGCCGCUUGGAAGAGAAAACAAAUCAGAUGGCUGCAACCAUCAAACAGCUGGAACAAAGUGGAAAGGAUUUGGUGAAACAGGCAAAAACCUUAAAUAUUGCAGCAAACAAACUGAUCCAGAAGCAUCACUAG